AUGUGUCGGAGCAUGAGUCGUGAUGCCCAGCGCGCAGAAUCGCGCAUCUACCUCAGAGUGCUUAAGCGAUACAUGCCAAUACGAAACCCCAUACUUUCGCAAUUCAACCUGCUGGAUGUCUUGGUUGUCACUCCACAGAUCAUCAAUAGUACCGCCGAGCAGCCCGAGAUCGCCAGCUUGCGAAAAGAAAAAGGCCUGCGCCUGCACUGUCUCUCCGCACGAGUCGUCCCCAGGCUCGCUGUGUGGCGCGUUCGUCCUCCCUCUCCCAGGACUUAUCCCAGGGUACCUUUAGGAGGGGGGCCACUGGUGCUUGCUGGCACCAAACAAACCGCGUCCCGCUACGGGCGGACAGAGGCCCAAAGUUACCAGUCUUACGGAUCGUCGGGGGGUGGUUCAGCACAACGCAAGCCAGGCCGUUUCGAACGCAGCUUGCGUCGAGUUUGCAGCCUGCGCUGCAAUCACUCAAAAAAUCUGGUCUGGAACAUGAUGAGCGACGACGAUGGGCGCGAGCAAGUUUCACAACGCGCUGAAAAGCCGGUCGCGAUCGCUGGACCGACAAGGUGCACCCAGACUUACGCCAACGACCGGUACUUUGCAAGCUACGCAAGCUACGACAACGCCCUGGCUGAGGUCACUUGCAUGCAGUGCAUCCAUGGCGGCUCUUGGGGAAAGCGUGGUGGCGUGAGACUCGGCCCAUGACGAGCGAGCGGCUGGUGGGUGGGGCGGUGAUAGUGGUUUGGUGGUUGUGGUUGUGUUUAGCGAGUUUCGAUUUAGCGAGGUUCCGUCACGUAACAGCUUAGGAUUCGCCGUGGACUGUGGGCUGUUGCGUGCUCUGUGUGCAAAAGCCGCUGUGGAUGAGAGAUUAUUAUCAUCAUCAUCACCGUUAUUAUACUUAAUGUCCGGUGAUAAUCUUCCUAUGGUGUUGCCACGGUGUGGCUCGACUUCCGACAUCGGCUAGCGUAUGCUUUGAAAGAGGCAGACGGGAACAUGCCGACGUCGGAGGAGCUGUCGAAACGGUAUCCAGUACAGUACAGUACUCACUCUUAAGCAUCUACUCAAAACGUGGACGUGGACCCUUUCUAC